UCAAAUUAUCUACUUCCAAAGACGCACAGCAUAUUAAGUUUCCUCAUAAUAAGGAAUAUUUCUCCAUUAAUACAAAAUUCUCAGACCAAACUUCUUGGGAAAAUCUACUAAACCAGUAUCCAUGUGGAACUGUAAUUGUUUUCGAAAAGAAGCCAUCCGUUUCAGCAGAACCUCGCACGGAGGGAAUUCCACGAUCUCGACACCCAGGGAAGUCCGCGCGGUGUCCUUCUGGGGUCAAGAACGCAACCAGACAACAAUAUGCCAAGAGGCAACUCGCUUUCGUUUCGAUAAUGACAUGUAUGUUGAUCAAAUGUUCGCAAUCUCCGAACGACCAGUGUUGUACUGACCACUGUAGUGAGAACUGAUGCCAUGUUUGAUCCGAACCGGCCCGUCACAUGUUUCAUCGCGGCACUCGCUUGUUUAUCUUUUGUUUGUGGCGAAAAGAUGCGAGUUUGUGUGGUCGAUGGAAAAGGAGGUUUCAAGGUGUCAGCACAUUACUGUCCUGUACUAGACCAACCAGACAGUAAUGUACAAUGUGUUAUGGGUGUGGACCGUUUGGAUUGUUUAAGAAGAUUAUCCAAAGGGACUGCAGAUUUCACAAUAUUGACUCCAGAGGAUCUUGUGACUGCUCACACCUCUGAAAUUGAAGUCCUACUCACAAAUGAAUUACGGUAUACAGAUGAUAAAUACGAAUAUGAAGUUGUAGCGGUAGUAGACAAAAGUUCAGGUAUUAGAAGCCGACAUGAUCUCAAAGAGAAAAAAUAUUGUCAUCCGGGUUAUGGAUAUGAGACUGAUUGGUCGAGGAUUAUAGCUAACUUUUUCGAAGCAUCAGUCGUACCUCAAAUGUGCAAUCCCAAGUUAACCAUAAACGAAAACAGGGUCAGAGCUUCUUCACAAUUUUUCAAGUCAGCAUGCAAAGCGGGACCUUGGGUGAACGAUUUCCAUGCUGACGAAGAACUAAAAAGGAAAUAUCCAAAUUUGUGCGCUUUAUGCGACAGUCCGAGGUGUACAAUGAACGAUAAAUAUUGGGGAAGGCGAGGACCACUAUUCUGUUUGACCGAUGGAGCUGGACAAAUAACCUGGUCCAGAUGGGACGAUGUUCAAAUUCAUUUCGGUCUUACACCUGGUAGUACCGAAGCUUCCCCGGAUAAUUAUUCUCUUCUGUGCCCUGACGACACAAUGAUUCCAUUAAACACAACAAAUCCAUGCGUUUGGGUCGUCAAGCCCUGGCCUGUAGUCGCCACCAAAAGGUCGUCUGCACAAACAGUGCAAAAUAUAGUAUCAAAUUUAACCACAGAUGAUGCCAAACAAUAUGCUCUACUGAAUCUCAUAUCUGCUUCAUCCCUGAUUGUCGAAAAGCUGCAACCCAUCGAACCCAUUGAAACUUAUCUAAGUAAAGCUACAGGUUUUUUGAGUGCCAAUAGCUUUUCUGGAUGUCACCCCCCAAGGACUAUUAAAAUUUGCACGACUUCAAUCGCGGAGAAUGCCAAAUGUGCAUGGCUGAGAGAAACUGCAGCAGUUUAUGGAAUAGAACCGGAUUUGGAUUGUAUAAAGGCUGAUAAUACUACACAUUGUAUGAUGGCUAUGAACACUGACAAUGCCGCCGAUGUCGUUAUGGUUCCACCAGAUCUCACCACUCUUGCUAGAAGAGAGUAUAACUUAAAACCAUUGUUCUAUGAAACUGUAUUAGACAAUGAAAAAUAUAUCACAAUUGCUGUAAUACGUCACAACGCUCCAAUGAAAAAAUUGGAAGAUCUUCGCGGUAAAAAAGCUUGCUUCCCCGUACACGACGGAGUAGCUUGGACCACUGUUAAACAUCUACUUCACGCAAGUGAUCUUUUGGAUUGUCCUUUAGAAAAAGGAAUGAUGAACUUUUUUGGACCUAGUUGCGUUCCUGGAAUAAACAAAAAUUCCAGCUUAACUGAGAUCUGUAAAGGCCAUUACGAAGAUGGAGAACGAGCAGCUUUUGAAUGUUUAGCUGGUGGGGAGGGAGAAGUCGCUUUUCUUUCAAAGAAUUCUUUCCAAAAGUUUAUUAAAGAUAAUACCCAUGGAUACAAAUUAGAAGACUUUACAAUGAUUUGUGAAGAUCCGAUGGAGCCGUGUCACUUGAGCUGGUCUCCCGUGGGUUACGGAAUGAUCCGAGCAAAUAGUUCGGAAAUGUGGAUGAGAGAUACUGUCAACGUCUUUCUUCAACUGGAUAUGAUGUUCGGACGAAGUUAUAAAUCUCUUACCACGCCAUUUACGAUGUACGGAAAAUACGACAACAAAUCUAAUUUGUUGUUUAAGGAUGUCACACAAAGAUUGAGAGAUGUUCCUGUUGCCAAAAACAUCGACAGUAUGCCCUUCGAAUACGAGAGUGUUUUAAGUAUGGAUAAGCCGUGUGUAGUGUCGUCUCAGCCAGCGAUUUUAUCUCCUACUAGUCUCUUUUUAUUUAUUAACAUCGUUAUACUUUUAGUAUUUACCCAUUAAUUAGGUAAUUAAUCGCACGUCUUUCGUACUGAAGUUUGUUGUUUUCUGUGAUAUGUUUAUAUAAUAUAAAAUAAAAAAUGUGUA